UGCUCGACAGGCGAGGACAUCGACGGGGCCGAGCCCGCGAGCGCGAGGGGAUCCCGCGAUUCGUUCUGCUGGGCCCCGACGGGCGGGCACGCUGCUCGGGGCUCUCCUACUGACUACCCGUGUCCCUCUUAGUAGCCUCACCAUGUCCUCCGUGUUUGGGAAGCCGCGUGCGGGCAGCGGGCCGCAGAGCGCGCCACUUGAGGUCAAUCUGGCCAUUCUGGGACGUCGAGGGGCCGGCAAGUCCGCUCUGACUGUGAAGUUUCUGACCAGGAGGUUUAUCAGCGAAUAUGACCCCAACUUGGAGGACACCUACAGCUCCGAGGAGACAGUAGACCACCAGCCUGUCCACCUGAGGGUCAUGGAUACUGCAGACCCGGACACCCCCAGAAACUGUGAGCGCUACCUGAACUGGGCCCACGCCUUCCUGGUGGUGUACAGCAUGGACAGCCGCCAGAGUUUUGAGGACAGCAGCAGCUACCUGGAGCUGCUUGCUCUGCACGCCAAGGAGACACAACGCAGCUCCCCAGCCCUGCUGCUGGGCAACAAGCUGGACAUGGCCCAGUAUAGGCAGGUCACCAAGGCAGAGGGCGCAGCCUUGGCAGGCAAGUUCGGGUGCCUGUUUUUCGAGGUCUCAGCCUGUCUGGACUUUGAGCACGUGCAGCAUGUCUUCCACGAGGCCGUGCGGGAGGCACGGCGGGAGCUGGAGAAGCAUUCCCUGGCCCGGCCCCUUUUCAUCUCUGAGGAGAGGGCCCUGCCCCACCAGGCCCCACUCACCGCCCGGCAUGGGCUGGCCAGCUGUACCUUCAACACGCUUUCCACUGUCAGUCUGAAGGAGAUGCCUGCUGUGGCCCAGGCCAAGCUGGUCACUGUGAAGUCAUCCCGAGCCCAGAGCAAGCGCAAGGCGCCCACCCUGACCCUGUUGAAGGGCUUCAAGAUCUUCUGAGGGCACCCGUCAGGAUCCCAGGCUCAGCAGCUGGGCGAGGCUGCAUGACAGGGGCUGGCUUCUCACCACCGCCUCUCCCUCUGUCGGAAGAAUAGUCCUUGCCCUCUGGUGGACAGCUGACCCCUCUUCCAGCACCAAGUAAUGUCCCGGACACCCAGUUCACUGUGUGAGCUGGAGGGACAGGCAGGAAUGCUGCUCUUCCUCGCUCCAGGCUUUGGUUUCCAUGGUAACCGCUGCAUUUCCUGACCCCGAAGGGAAAUAGACCCUGAGACAACCCAGAGACCUGGGGUCAGCCUGAAGUGGAAGGAAAUUACAGUGUCCAUCAUGGUGCCAUCACCCCUUCCUGCUCCAGCUGCAGCCAGAUGUGGCCUCUAAUGUGCAGUUCUGGAUGGUCCGUCAGCGUUGGCCUGAGAACAGGCCGCAGGAGGAGCAACCCUGAGAUCCUAGCACCACCUGGUGGACAGGAAGGGCAAAGCGGCUACAGGUUGGUGGGGGUGUGGCUUGAGCCCGGCCCUCCUGUGGUCCUCUGACUUCACAGAAGCCCCACGCAACAAACCUCGCGGUUUAUCCAAGAAGAGUCUAGUUCAAAUAAUCCUAUGCGACAGGCUAUGGAACCAAAAUUCCCAGGAAGGGCUACUUCCAGUACUUUGCCUUUCAGUGAGGACUGGGGGCUCUGGGGUAGGGAGCUUCCACUGUGUUUUUCCCCAGAGACAGGGCCCCCUUAUUUUCCCAGCGUAAAUGAAGGACUCUCUCCACAGACCUUCAGGACCAGCCUCCUGAAGUCUAAUGAUCAGAGCUGCAGAACAAAGUCAUUCUAGUGACCGGCACCCAGGACUCCCGGGAGCCUACAACUGGGGUUAUCAGACCCCCAGUUGGCACUGUCAGCCUGCCCCAGGCUUGUAGGUAGAAACACGGUACACCAUCUGUAGUCUGGUCUAGCAGGACCCAGUAGCAGGACACUUCGACAGGGGGUCUGAUUGUUCAAAGUCCACUUUUGAAAGAUAGAAGCUAAGGCAUUUG